ACCCGGUAGCAAGUGAUAUACAACCCGGUAGUUGAGUACCCUUGCUCUACAGGACCUCAUAGCGAAUGGUCCUAGCAUUUGUAAAGCUGGUCCUGUUCAUUGAGUGACACUGUCGUGACCAGGAUUGCGAUGUGUACAUCAUCGAUAUAUUAAAUUACUUAGAUUGUGAUGUAUACAUUGCAUCAUCAGUAUAUUAAAACAUCUUCUUAUAUUGAUUGUGGUGUGCACAAGUUCCGACACGUUCAUUGCUUCGAAAUUGUUAGUCACCUACACAUCGUGAAUAUUACGAAACCGGAAACAAAUUAAGACUUAGUUAAUAUAUCUGUCAGAAUGGCGUACAACAAGACGGCCAUUAUUAUUGUUUUGGAUGUUAGUCCAUCUAUGUGCGGUAAAGACUUAGCUCAAGAUUCAUAUCUGAGCCAAGCUUUGCAGAUCAUCAAGCAAAUUGUUUAUCGUAAAGUAUUUUCUGAGAGUAAAGAUGAAAUAGCUGUUAUUUUGCUUGGAACAUCUAAUACUUCUAACCCUUUGGCUCAUGAAGAUAACUACCAAAAUAUAUGUGUUGAGAGAUUUCUAUCUGUUCCUGAUUUUGAUCUCUUGGAGUGGCUAGUUAAAUUCCAUCCUACAGAUACAACUGAAGCAGACUUUGUUGAUGCAUUGAUUGUGGCCAUGGACCAUCUUCAGACAAAUUUAGAAACAAAGAAAGGACUUAAACAUCGCCAGAUUAUUUUGCUAUCUAAUUUGAUGAGUUUGUUUGUUGAUGAUCAAAUUGGCGACAUUAUGAUCAAUAUGAAGCAGCAGGAAAUUACAUUUAAUGUCAUAAGUCCAAAAUCUACAGGCGAUAUCAAUCAAGUCAGCGAUGAACAACAGAAAGAAGCAGAAACUAUUAUUGAGCAAAUGUAUUCUAUGGUCAAAGGACAUAAUUACUCUUUUCAUGACGCAUUGUCUAGACCAAAUGUCUUUACAAAACACCAUAGUUCCUCAGCAUGGAAAUGUAAUCUGGAAAUUGGUAGCAAUCUUUCAAUUCCAAUUUGUGGUUAUAUUAAGUUGAAAGGUUACAAGCCUGCUCAAAGCUGGAAGAAAGUUUUUGCUAAUGAUCAAGCAGCUGCACUCAAAGAAUCAAGAACUUUGCAUUUGAAUGAUGAAAAUGAAACAGAAAUUGAGUACCAAGACACUGUUCCUGGUUUUUACUAUGGCUCUACUCUUGUUCCUAUCUCUGAAAUGAGUGAAAAAUAUAAAAGCGCAAAAUGUUUUACAGUACUUGGUUUUACAUCCAAGGAAAAUGUUCCAGUUUAUAGUUACAUGGGAGAUAGUACUAUGUAUGUAAUAGCAGAACCAACCGAUCAAGUAACAUCUGUUGCUUUCUCAGCUUUGGUUAAUGCAUUAUUUGAAACUAAUAUGCUUGCUAUUGUAAGAAGAGUUUAUGAUGCACGUUCAGGACCUCGAAUUGGUUGUCUUAAACCACAUAUCAAAAAUGAUUAUGAGUGUAUGAUAUAUCACGAAUUACCAUUUUUUGAAGACAUACUUAAUUGUGAAUUUGACCCACUUCCAGUGGAUAGCUGUGACAAUCCGAAGAAGUUCAAACCAUCAAAUGCACAGCUGGAGGCUAUGGAUAACUUGAUUGACACUAUGACAUUUUCAAAUGAAGGAAAACACAAAUUUUUAAAUACAAAAUACAUAUCUACACCAUCUUUGCAGAAAUUUUAUCAGUGUUUUGAACAAAGAGUACUAGAACCUACAAAACCAAUUCCUGAGUUGCCAACUAAACAUGGAGUUUCUUUUUUUGAAAAUAACGAAGCUGUAGAGAAAAUCAAAGAAAAUUUCAAGCUUGAAAAGUUGAAGCCCAAUAAAACAGAAAAGACCGGUGAAAAGCUGUUUGAUCUUAACCUUGAUAUGGAUUCAUCUCAAAUGAAAGCGGAGGCUCCCAAUGAUGCUCCAAAAGAUUUCAAACAACUUGUUCUUGCUGGGAAAUAUUUUAAAGAUAAUUUACAUGAUACUAAAGAAUCUGAAGAGAAUGCAGGACAAAACAAAUCUGAUAGCCAAGAGUCUUCAAAACCAGAUCAGCCUAUGGAGGGCUCUGCAGAUGAUUUGUUGGAUGAAAUGUGAUGGCCUGUCAACAGUUUAUAUUGAAGAAUAUAGAAUUCCAUUAAAUUUACUUUUUCUUACAUUGAAAUAAAAUAUUUUUGUUGUUAAAACCAAAA